UGUACAGUCUCGGCAAUCGAAAACCCUAAACCCUCAUUUCAAAUUCUCCAAAUUCUCUCUUCUUCUCAAUUAUCAAUGCACUAUCUACGAUACCAGUUGAUAAUUGAUUCAAUUUCUCAGUGAAUCAUGAUGGGUAUUCGCAAAUUUUGUAGACAACUUCACACAUUGUCUCGUGAAUUUGGCCCUAGCGAGACGUUGAAGAGGAAGGUUGCUGAAUUGAAGGUGAAGAAGAAACGGAAAGAUCCUCGGAAGAAUCAGUUAUUUGUUCAGGUUCCUGAUUCAAGAUCAUUUCUUGAUACUGCUACUAUGCCCAUGAUACUCACUGUUGUUGGGACCGCACUUUUCGCAAAGCUCCUUAUGAUGUAUGAUGACUCAAAGUCGCAAGAUAUGAUUGAGCGAAAAAUAAAGAAUGCGCCUGCUGGUCAAGGAACAGUUAGGAUGCUUACCCGCGAAGAAUGGGAAUCAGUUCAGGAAGUGCGACCAAGGACUCCGUUUGAAUCUAAACUAGCCCGUCCAAAUGCAAAGCUUAGGACAGGGGAGCCUUUGAAGAUGGAAGAUGUCAAGGAUUGGACAAUAGAUGUUAUAACUGACGCACUUACACGAGCUGAAGAAUGUGCUAAACGAGGAUCGAACUAAGCUUUUAAGUCGAUAAUAGUGGUAAGCUAGUUUAACAACAACUGCUUCUUAUGUACCAGAAAGGCUCUACAACCUCAGUUGCCCAUUACAACAUACAAUCCUUCUACUAUCAGAAGUGGAGAAAUGCUGCCUUUACAAUGAAUUAAAGUGUGUGUGUAUAUACAUAUAUAUAUACUUUAAUUCACAAAGAUAAUAUUUUCAUUGAAAUUAGAGACUGUAUGGGAUGAAUUUUUCAAUAAAAAAAGAGAGAUUUUUU